AUGCAUAGAAACACAAUUACGCAUGUUGCUUAUUCUAAAACUCAUUACUUAAUGACUUGUAGUAAUGAUGGUCAUUUUAAAUUUUGGCGUAAAGCUGAUGGUGUUGGACUGGAGUUCAUCAAGCACUAUCGAGCACAUUUAGGAGCUAUACUCGGUUUGUCAGUUAGCUGUGAUGGUGAACUAGCGUGUACUGUUGGUGAUGAUAAGACUGCAAAGGUGUUUGAUGUUAUCAAUUUCGAUAUGAUUAGUAUGUUGAAAUUGAAUUUCAUGCCGACUGGAUGCUGUUUUAUUUAUACACCGAAAGAUGAAGUCACUGCAUUAGCCAUAACAGAUCAGGACAGUUCGAAAAUCCGAAUAUUUGAUGCACGCAGUCAAGAUGAACUGUUGCAUAUAAUGGAGAAGUUGCAUGAAGCACCUAUCGUGUGUUUAGCUUUUAAUCCUGUAUUCGAUUGUGUUUUAAGCGCUGAUUCAGAAGGUAUGCUUGAGUGUUGGUCUAGUCCAAAGAAUAAUUAUGGAUUUCCAAACACACUGAAAUGGAAGUACAAGUCAGACACAGAUUAUUAUUGUUUAUUAGCUGCUAAAACGUAUGCAGUUAAUGUUGUAUUCUCUCCUUCUGGCAAAAUACUGGCUGUUCUUGGCUCAGAUAGAAAGAUUCGGCUGUUUCGUUUUGCAACUGGGAAACUGAUUCGCGUCUAUGAUGAAAGUCUUCAACAGUAUUCUAACCUACAACAGUCCAAACAACUUCUUCCUAGUAUGGAAUUCGGUCGGCGUUUAGCUCAGGAGAAAGAGCUUGAUCGGUCAGAAUUCAAACAUAGUUGCAACCUAGUCUUUGAUCCAUCUAGCAACUUUUUAGCCUAUGCUACAUUAUUGGGAAUAAAAGUAAUCAAUGUAGUAACCAAUCGCGUUGUCAGGAAUCUUGGUGGUCCAGAAAAUCUUCGUUUCAUUCAGCUGGCUUUUAUUCCACCGCGUAGUUCAUCAUUGUUGUAUGGUUCCACUUGUAUUGGUUCAGGUACGUCAAGUUGUGUGCCUAGUCUAGAGAUGUUGGCAAUGGCAAAUGACGACAACCCGACGCUGAAUAGUAGUAGUGGUAGUGCAUCAAACACAGUAGCAGCAUGUACCCCUGUGUUGGUGUGUACUGCCUUCAAGAAAAACCGUGUCUAUCUGUUUACAAAUCGUGAACCGCAUGAUGUAAGUCAGAUGGUGAUACAAUUACACCAGGAUCGACAGCUGAACGCGAUAGAAUGUCCUAGAACUGUGGAGAAUUUUGUUGGUCAUUCUAGAGCUGGAUAUUACAAUGGACAUAUAUUUCAUAGAGUUAUUAAAGGUUUCAUGGUUCAAACUGGUUGUCCUCUAGGCACGGGUACUGGUGGUGAGUCAAUUUGGGGUGGAGAGUUUGAAGAUGAAUUUCAUCCUAGUCUUCGACAUGAUCGACCGUACACCGUCAGUAUGGCUAAUGCUGGUCCAAAUACAAACGGUUCACAGUUCUUUAUUACUGUUGCGCCGACACCUUGGCUGGACAAUAAGCACACAGUAUUUGGUCGUGUUGUCAAAGGGAUGGAAGUUGUACAGAAGGUAUCAAAUAUUAAAACUAAUCCAAAAAACGAUAAACCACUGGAAGAUGUCAAUAUUAUCAGUGUGACUGUCAAAGAUUUAGGCGCUGGGAUCUGA